CAUAAUAUUGAAAAUGGAUAUAUCGGCGCAAUUCUUAUUAUUGGAAUAAUCAAUAGUUGUGGGUAGUUGAAAUUAUCAGGUGUCAGCCGAAUAACCACCUGCGUAGCCCUGAGUUUAACAUGUGUUAAUACCUUUGAGCUAACCUCGUAUCCGUGAUAUAUCCUUAUGAGAACCAUUGGAUACCGUAGGGACGCCUUAGGGUACCGUGAGAAGAAACGUAUACAUCACAGAUCUGCAGAGUGUUCGCCUCUGAGCUAAUCACGUUUUACCCUUGAGCUAACCACGGGUCCUUGUUGUAUCCUUAAGAGAACCAUGAGAUAACGUAGGGAUGCCUUGGGAAUUCAUGAGUAGACUUGUAGUCACUCAUUUGUAAAUACUUGCAAGAUGCGGUAACAAAGCCAUAAGUCUAUGUCUUCCGUGAAAAUACAUCGUCUUUUCAAAGUGACAACAUAAAUUUAUCACAGAUAUCUAGCUCAAACAUAAAUACUUUAUUUCAGAUACUUAUGGUACAUUACAAGAACGGCAGGCAUAGAGAAGCGCCGCCUGUCAGGAUGGCCGUAUCGGCUCAAAACUAUAAGUGUUUUUCUUCUCAGGUGUCCAGGGAAUUUUAACCAAAUAUUUCUAAACUAGGUACUCAACCAAGUCAGCUAUACUAAUAUAUUGCAAAAAAAAGGGGAAAAAAUUAAAUAAACAAUAAUUGUGGGUGGUUGAAAUUAUCAGGUGUCACCCGCACAACCGCCUGCGUAGCCACCUGUGCAAGUGUAGUCACAACAAUGAUUGUUGGUUGCUAUAUAUAGAUAUGUAGUGAAUAAUAUCUAUGUAUUGGUUCAAUUCCAAUACACGAGUGCGCAAGAAGCUAUGCCCGAUGGAGGAGAAGCUAUGCCCGGUGGAGGAGAAGCUAUACCCGAUGGAGGUUUUAACCUUAACAAAACAGCAAAUAUGAAAAAUCCUCAAAUAUUAGGACCAGCUGGGAAUGCAGCUGAAGCCGAAAAACAAAAAUUCACUAUCCCAACUACCACACCAAAAAAGAGACUAUAUACAACAGAGAAGCGAGUAUCAUUUGCUGAAAACUGCGAUUAUUUAGCACAUUUCUGCCUAAAGGCUUAUGACACCGGAUCACUAUGUGGCCGCACUCUCUACUUCUCAUAUUACACAUUCAAAAAUUAUUGCCUAUUAGAUUACACUAAUUGCAUGGAGAGAUACGAAGUGUGGCAGGUCGCGUAUAUGGGUAAUUGUUCUACAGUCAAGCUGCUCACGGAAUAUUUAGUGUAUCCCUACGAUAACGAUCUUUUUCUGGACGAGUACAUUAUAGAAGAAGAAAAGUAAUCUUUGAAACUAUUGACAGUUUCAAUCAGAAUGACUUUUAUAGAAAAUAAGUAACGUACAAGAGAAGGUGUAUAAGGAUGAAUUAGAAGAAAUAUAAGUAUAUAACUUUAUUAAGCGAAAACGCAUUUGUUAUUUUUUUGUUAUUACAGUUUUUAAGAAGGUUAAGAAAAUGUUUCCAUUUUCCUUAAUAUUUAUGCAAAAACAAUAUAAAUUUAUAUACGUUUAAAAAAUGGUAAUGAUAGGAUUGAACUUAAUAGUUACUGUUAUCAUUCUUGAUUGAACUUAGUCAUCCUGCGAUCAUUGGGACAAAAUUUUGAAUGAAAAGAAAAAACUAGCCUGAGUUGGUCUUUUUUGAAAAAAAUUGUGAAGCUUUAAACUAAUAAAUACUUUUUUUUUAUUUGAGACAGAGAGAUAUAAUUUUUUUCUUAGUUUUUAUUAUUAUUGUAUAUAAUUAUUUGAAAUUAUCUUCAGUUACUAGGUGGGAUUACUAGUAUUGUGAAAUUAGCUUCAACUUGUAUACCCCUAAAAUUGUCAAUCUAAGCCCUUUGAUCAGUAUUUUUUUUAAAGCCGCAUGCACAUAUGUAUAUUGGAGUUGAAUAUUCUUCAAUGACUAGUAGGGUCUAGAGUCGAGACUAUAAACUACAGACAUUGGAAUCUAAGACUUUCGCGAGUAUUCAUUUAAAUAAUACUUAUAUUUUUGGAUCAUUCUACGCGUAUUUUAUUAUUUUAAAAAACUACAUGCUCCCGACGUUUCGGUUACUUUUCACACAUCUCGUCUGCCCGUGAUCACGGUUGCUGAAAUAUAACCGAAACUUCGGGAGUAAGUAGUUUUUUAAAUUAAUUAUAGACGUGUAGUAAAUGAGAAAAAUAUUAGUUCUAUUAUGAGACAUUGGUUUAGUAAUUUCGAUCCCUUUACAAGAGGCGAAGUGUAAAAUUUCAUAAAGAUACUACCCCUACUCGUGGCAAUUUCAGGUCUUAAAUAUCUUAAAUACAUGAACGGAAACAUUAUACGCCAGUAAUUUACUUCUUACGCGAUAGAGUACAUAACUAAGGAUAUACUUUAAUUGUGACGAGAAUUCUUUCUGUUAAGGUUUCGUUAUUAACCAAUUAGAGUAAUAUUUUAAAAUUAAAGCAUCUCGAAGAAA